AAAAAAUGAAUGAANGAUGCAUUGACGCAGGGUGGGCUAAUCGGCGAUCUUGCUUUUAUGUGUCCUGAAUUCUUGCAGUCGUUUUUUGCUGGUUUGGCGGCAUCGGGAGCUUUAACUUCUGGCUUGAGGCUAAUCACUAAGGCAGCUUUUGAUAAAACCGAAAAUGGUCUUCGUAAGGGAGUCAUUCUGUUUCUUGCCAUCUCGACAUUUUUUGAAUUUAUAUGUAUUUUCCUCUACGCAUUUGUGUUUGGAAAUCUACCGAUCGUGAAGCACUUCCGGAAAAAAGCAGCCUUGGAAGGGUCCAAAACGGUCUCGGCUGAUCUUGCAGCUGCGGGUAUCCAUACCUCAGAUGGCAAAACUAUAGAUGAUCAUAAACAGGCCCGAUUAGGCAACAAGGAGCUGCUACUUCAGAACAUUGAUUAUGCAUUGGACCUUUACUUGAUAUUUGUACUCACACUCUCGAUUUUCCCUGGGUUCUUAUACGAAAACACGGGCAACCACCAAUUGGGAUCUUGGUAUGCGGUGGUUCUCAUAGCAAUGUUCAACUUGUGGGACCUCAUUGCACGAUACAUUCCCCUUAUCGAUUGCCUAAAGCUCAAAUCCAGAAAGGGCCUCAUGUUCGCGUGCCUGUCUCGAUUAUUGCUCAUCCCAUGUUUUUACUUCACGGCAAAAUAUGGAGACCAAGGAUGGAUGAUAUUUUUGGUGUCUUUUCUGGGGCUCACAAACGGGUAUUUAGCGGUCUGUGUGAUGACCGUGGCUCCCAAAGGGUACAAGGCACCCGAGCAAAAUGCGUUGGGCAAUUUGUUAGUAGUUUUUCUACUUGCCGGGAUAUCUUCAGGUGUGGCGCUCGACUGGCUUUGGAUCAUUGGCAGUGGUUCACACUAG